GACUGAUCUUUUGAAAUACUUCAACCAUGACUAAAAGAGAAGCAGAGGAACUCAUAGAAAUUGAAAUCGAUGGAACAGAGAAAUCAGAGUGCACAGAAGAAAGUAUUGUAGAACAAACUUACACCCCAGCUGAAUGUGUAAGCCAGGCCAUAGACAUCAAUGAGCCAAUAGGCAAUUUAAAGAAACUACUAGAACCAAGACUACAGUGUUCUUUGGAUGCUCAUGAAAUUUGCCUGCAGGAUAUCCAGCUGGAUCCGGAGCGAAGUUUAUUUGACCAAGGAGUAAAGACAGAUGGAACUGUACAGCUUAGUGUACAGGUAAUUUCUUACCAAGGACUUGAGCCAAAGUUAAACAUCCUUGAAAUUGUUAAACCUGCGGACACUGUUGAAGUAGUUAUUGAUCCCGAUGCUCACCAUGCUGAAUCAGAAGCACAUCUUGUUGAGGAAGCUCAAGUGAUAACUCUUGAUGGCACAAAACACAUCACAGCUAUUUCAGAUGAAACCUCAGAACAAGUGACAAGAUGGGCUGCUGCACUAGAAGGUUAUAGGAAAGAACAAGAACGCCUUGGGAUACCCUAUGAUCCUAUACAGUGGUCCACAGACCAAGUCCUACACUGGGUGGUUUGGGUGAUGAAGGAAUUCAGCAUGACCGAUAUAGACCUCACCACACUCAACAUUUCGGGAAGAGAAUUAUGUAGUCUCAACCAAGAAGAUUUUUUUCAGCGAGUUCCUCGAGGAGAAAUUCUCUGGAGUCAUCUGGAACUUCUUCGAAAAUAUGUAUUGGCAAGCCAAGAACAACAGAUGAAUGAGAUAGUUACGAUUGACCAACCUGUGCAAAUUAUUCCAGCAUCAGUGCAGUCUGCUACACCAACUAACAGUAGUGCAAAGGCAGCUAAAGUACAAAGAGCUCCAAGGAUUUCAGGAGAAGAUAGAAGCUCACCUGGGAAUAGAACAGGAAACAAUGGCCAAAUCCAACUAUGGCAGUUUUUGCUAGAACUUCUUACUGACAAGGAUGCUCGAGACUGUAUUUCUUGGGUUGGUGACGAAGGCGAGUUUAAGCUAAAUCAGCCUGAACUGGUUGCACAGAAAUGGGGACAACGUAAAAAUAAGCCUACAAUGAACUAUGAGAAACUCAGUCGUGCAUUAAGGUAUUAUUAUGAUGGGGACAUGAUUUGUAAAGUUCAAGGCAAGAGAUUUGUAUACAAGUUUGUCUGUGACUUGAAGACUCUUAUUGGAUACAGUGCAGCAGAGUUGAACCGUUUGGUCACAGAAUGUGAACAGAAGAAACUUGCAAAGAUGCAGCUCCAUGGAAUUGCCCAACCAGUCACAGCAGUAGCCCUGGCUACAGCUUCUCUGCAAACAGAAAAGGAUAAUUGAUCCCCAGGACCUUCUGGGAAUCCAAGGUCUUUCUUAAAUAUUUAGAGCAAGUAUUGCUCUUACCUUUAUUACUGAAUUUCAAUCUUCUUUAUUUCUAGUUUGUACAAUUUGCUGCAUGAUUUUUUUAUAAAUAUUUCAUACUCUUGUGAAUUUGGAUCUUUUUACUUUGAGCAUAUAUUUUAGAAUAUGUGUAUGUUAAAGGAUCACCACAAUGACUGCAGCGUGAAGGCAGGUUCAUUGCGGGAUAGUUUGUUAACAGUCAGGAAAGCUAAACUGGUCAGUAUUAAUGUCUAGCCCUACCAAAAAUAGCCAGUAGCAUCUGAAGAUGAAAAAUAAAUGAAGUAUCUCUAGGAAACAGUCUGACUUAACUAUUUUGGAAAAUACAACUGUUUCCCCUCUCUGCUGCUUUAGAUGUUGCUUUACAUAGAACCAGAAAAUGGAAUUUCUCAGCUAAAGCAUGUGUGCCUGUUUCAUCUAAUCAAGCAGAGCUAAAAUGUUCAUAUCGAAUAAAAUUAUAAUAAUAUUAAUAACUUACUAAACUAAGAGUAUCAGGUUAUUACAGUAAUUUAUAUAUUUGUGAGCAAAGGACAAUAAGAAGUUGACUGCCAAAAAAGCAGUGCUAAAGGAGAUCCAGGUUUAAAUCUGGCUUAACUCAAGCCAAUUUUAAGGAUUUUCUGUAUAGAUUAUUCAUAAUGUCAGACCAAGAAUUUAAAUUAUUUUGAGAGAGGAAUUUAAUUCUAAUAAACCAGCUAUUACAAAAA